CACCAUCAAAUAGACAGAUCCGCGUGUGCAGCGGCUUCACCUACAGUGAACUACCGUCAGCCAACAUGACUCCUCUCAGAGCUCUCCAGAACUUUCUGCCGACUGUGCUGGUAUGGUUAAUGACCUCUAAGCCUUGCUUGUCCGACGAUGGAAAUUACACAACCACUACAUUCACAGAUUACAGCUUUUCCAGCUGGGAUUAUAGUGAGAUUCCUGAACUCUGUAAGAAGCACUCCAAUCGGCAGUUCCGCUUCGUGUUUAUGCCCAUCUUUUUCUCCAUCAUCUGCUUCCUGGGGCUGGCAGGAAACAUGCUCAUCAUCCUCACUUAUAUCUACUUCAAGCGACUCAAGACCAUGACCGAUGUGUACCUGCUCAACUUGUCCUUUGCAGACCUGCUCUUAGCCCUGUCCCUCCCCUUUUGGGCAGCCAACUCCAUGGUAGAAUGGGUGCUGGGUCUAGGGCUGUGCAAAGCCAUGUACACCAUUUAUAAGGUCAGCUUCUACAGCAGCAUGUUGCUUCUGUCCCUCAUCAGUGUCGACCGCUACUUUGCCAUCUCCAAAGCAAUCUCUGCUCACCGCCACCGCUCCCAGGCAGUGAUUAUCAGCAAGUUGUCAUCAGCUUUGGUCUGGGUGUUGGCCCUGAUCUUCUCUGUGCCAGAAAUGGUGUACACCACCAUCAAUAACAACACCUGCACCCCUUUCUCCAGCAACUAUGACCCACUUCGCAUCACCGUCCAGGCAACUCAGAUUGCUUUGGGUUUUGUCCUUCCUUUCUUGUUUAUGACCUUCUGCUACAGCAGCAUCCUCAGGACCCUUUACUAUGCUCGUAGCUUUGAACGGAAUAAGGCCAUCAAGGUGAUUCUCGCUGUGGUCGCUGUCUUCUUGGUCUUCCAGACGCCUUAUAACGUGGUCCUGUUUUGGAACACAGUUCUUACAGCACGCGGAGUACCGAUGGACUGCAAAUACGAAAUCAACCUCCUCUAUGCCACUGACACGACCCAGAGUUUGGCCUUCCUGAGGUGCUGCCUGAACCCCUUUGUUUACGCCUUUAUCGGUACAAAGUUUCGUUAUGACCUCCUGAAACUACUGAAAGAGUUUGGCUGCAUGAGCCAGGAGAGGUUCUUUAGGUAUACCUGUGGGAGGAGGCGGAGCUCAGUGCCCACUGAAACUGAGACCACCACCACAUUUUCUCCUUAAAACAGCGUCCGUGUGGAGGAGUCAGCACCUUCAGCCUAGUGUUACACACCUGCUUACAAAGAGCUAUGGACAAUAUCAAAGCAUAUGUUUUUAUAUGUAGAUAGCUUAACUGGGACUUUUGUGGAGGACUGCACAAAUAAGCUGAACUAAAUUUGGCUCAAUCUUAAUUUUAUGUCGCUGCUUGAAAAAAAAGAAAGUCUGAAUGACACAAAUGGAUUUCCAGAUGUUUUUCUGCUCUCCUUGUUUUUGUAUAUUUGUUCUAAGGUAGAAUAUUUCAAGAUGUUUGUGAUCUUAAAGAAAAAUGUCAACAGUAUUAAACACCUUACCACACAGUGUUACAAAAACAGAAAAGUGCAUUUUUAGUUAAAAAUAGGUUUGAUAUACACAGAAGUUUGAUCUACAUAGAUUCUUUUUCUUUUUAUCACCUGAGUUUAUUUCUGUCUGUAUCUGUUAAACAACUUUCAUGAUCAUUUUUGCAUUUGCUACAAUGUAUAUUAUUUCUGUCUGUUUGUGCUUGUUAUUCAAAGCAGGGUAUAUCAAAUCAAACUAAAGCCAGCUGUGUACCUUUUAUUUGUACUUUUCUCUGCCAUUUGUAAAUAGCCCAGAUUAUCAAAACAAGAUUAAAUAUAUUAAAACAAGAUUUCAGGUGCACUUAUUACAUCAAAAAUAGCAAUGGCAUAUUCAGAGAAAUUACAAUUAAAAAUGUGCACUUUGUCAUACUUCAUAUGCUAGCUGCACAGGAUCUGUUGUUCUUUUUUGUCCUGUAUAUAGUGUUCCAACACUGGAAGCUCACAUUAAUCAUGGUAAUCCCUGCGAGCUAAAAGCUCAGGCUUCAGACGUCUCAAUCUUGGCACUCACCUGCUCUCCGAUAUCAGUUUGCAAGGGGCAGCCAAUCAGAAAAAAGAUGAUGUCAAAGCAUGAUUCAGAUAGCGUAUGAAGGUCUAGGAUAAACACAUAAUGCAUAGAAUAAAUAAAGAUUAUUCUGAAUU